AGAGGCCACGUCAGCCGUGACGAACGCGUCGUUUUCCGAUCUGAAUCGCGUCUCUCGUCUUCGUUAUUCGUUCCGUUCCUCUCUCCUUCCGGCCGCUGGCAACGAAAUCGUUCUCUCCACGAUUCCUCUUUUGCUCCCUCUCAGCCUGCAGGAAGCUUGAUGGCUGGGUUGGUUAGUGCACAUGUCAAUCCUGUUUGCCAAUCCUACAAUAUCUGCCGGUCUCCUCUUGUCCGAUCUACCUUUUUGCAGAUACCAGAAAUGGCAAUUAAACAUCCUGUAGCUGUCAUGAAACAUCUUAAGCCUCUCUCUGUUGUGGCCUCAUCGCUGCAACCCCCGAAGAGCAUUUCUACUGCUCAGUUUAGCAACACUAUACCUUCUGAAGAGGUGCUCAACUUCUGGCGCAGUGUUGAUGCUGUGUGCUUUGAUGUGGAUAGCACUGUUUGUCUGGAUGAGGGUAUUGAUGAACUUGCUGACUUCUGUGGUGCUGGCAAAGCUGUUGCAGAGUGGACAACAAAGGCUAUGAGUGGAUCUGUACCAUUUGAGGAAGCUUUAGCUGCUAGACUUUCUUUAUUUAAUCCUUCACUGUCACAGGUUAAGGAUUUUUUAGAGAAGAGACCUCCCAGGAUUUCUCCUGGCAUUGCUGAACUUACCCAAAAGCUGAUGGCUCAAAACAUCGAUGUGUACCUUAUAUCUGGUGGCUUCCGUCAAAUGAUUAAUCCUGUGGCAUUGCAGCUUGGAAUCCCUCUUGAGAACAUCUUUGCAAAUCAAUUACUAUUUGGCAGUUCUGGUGAGUUUGUUGGAUUUGAUGCCAAAGAACCUACUUCAAGAAGUGGUGGAAAAGCAACAGCUGUACAACAGAUAAGAAAGGUCCAUGAUUACAAGGCAUUGGUUAUGAUCGGAGAUGGUGCAACAGAUCUUGAGGCAAAGAAACCAGGUGGUGCCGACUUAUUUAUAUGCUUCGCUGGGGUUCAGAUGCGAGAAGCAGUUGCAGCAAAAGCUGAUUGGCUUGUCUUUAACUUUGAAGAAUUAUUGACCUCCAUGUCAUAGUAUUUGCUUUGCGAGGUCACCUUUUUUUUUUUUUGGUCCUGUUUGAAAUAUUGUUUUAUUUGCGCUGCUUUCUCAUGUCAAAUAGUUGUCUUUAUUUGAUUAUUGAUGGCCUCUGAUGUGUUAUUUUUGAGGGAUAUAAUGAAUGCAGCUAGGCUGUGCAUGAUGAGUUGAAUGCA